AUGAAGCAGUCAGGGUCCCAGUUUAGCCGAGCUGCUGGGAAGAUGUCGGAUCAAAAACGCCUCGGACCCCACGGCGAGGUGCCAGCCAGCGAUGAUGUGGACGAGCUGUCCGCCAGCGAUGACUCAGAGCCCGAAGAGCGGCCCAGCGGAGCUCCCUUUGACCCCGACCUGGAUUGCAGUGAUGGUGACGAGGAGGUUGAGUUCUGCGCCCCCGCCGUCCAGAGCCCCUUCAUCCUGAGCGGAGGAGGCUCGGCCUUCUCGCUCCGCAGUCACAGCAUCUUCAACUGCCUGGACGGCGUGGAGAAGCAGCCCGUCACCUCUCUGAAGCGGGGUAUCGCUAAAGAGAGCCAGAAUACAAGCGACCCUCCACCCGCUUGUCCCACACCACCGAAGAAGAGAGGAGUCCCAGAUUACUUGCUGCACCCUGAGCGUUGGACUCGCUACAGCCUAGAGGAUGUCCCCGAGAGCAGCGAUCAGGACAACCGCCGGGCGGCUCACCAGUUCCUGUCCAGUCUGCGGCAGGAGGCUAAACCCGACCCUCCCUGUGACAUUAAGCAGAGGAUGGUCUUUUCCAAACCCAAAAAGCCGUUGAAGGAGCAGCUCCCUGAGCAGGCGCUGGCUGACCAGCCUGGAAAGGAGAAGGGGCUAAGCCUCAGUCACCUGUCAGAGGGAGAGGAGGGGCAGGAAAGAGGAGGAGGAGGAGGGGGAGAGCAGGCCAGGCUAAAAACCGAACAGUUAGGACAGGCGGAUGCAGAGGAAGAUGAAGGGGUGGAAGUGACCGGAGCUGUGGAUUCAGCAGAGAGGAAGAAAAGAGUGCAGGAGAAGACGAUGCAGGACUCCGGUCCUAGUUUUACCUCCUUCAGAAAAAUAAAGGGGAAAAACUACAGGAGGAGCUCCGUGCGGGAGGACGACUGACCACAGCACACCUGAUUAGACUGUAGAGUAGACAUGUAGGCCAAUCCGUACUAAAAAAAUAGGGAUACAUCCAUUCCUUAUACUGCUUAUUCCUGGUGUGUCUGAUGUUUUUUAAUUUUUUUGGGGAGCUGCCAGUGCUAACCAUCACACCACUGAGCAGCCCCAUGGGGAACCAUGCAGCUGGACAACAUUUAAAUAAAAUGACAAUGAAAUCACACAUUAGAUCCACUGGAAUGCUUGAAGACGAUCUUUAAAUUCCCUACUUUCUUUGGGUUAUUGGACAGUCCAUCAUUGACAAAGCAAGUCAAGAGGCUGCAUUAAGUGAAACUCCCCACUGUGAACAUUCAGCUGCAGUUUGACUGAAUUUGGAUUAAUAAAAAGGGACUAAUCACAUCAGUGUUGCUCUUUACUGGGUUUCAAUAUCGGCCCUCUGCUCAGCAGAUGAGCAUUUAUGUUCAAACAGCAUUCCAGCUAUGGAAAGACCAUGCAGAGAUCCAUGUUUAUGUUUCCUUCUGUUGGACUUUUGGUAUGAGGACAAACUCGUUGCCGAUGAGAAAGCUGUAAAUAUAGAAUGUUUUUAUGGAAAUCUACUGUAAGAAAAGGUUUAUUUUCACUGCACAUAGUUGUGCUGUGCCGUGUCUGCGGGUCGGAAGAAGUACUUCUGGUUGGCUUUGCUUUUUAAAAUAAGAGAUUCUCCGUGGACUUCAAAUUAAACUUAAAGUUUUUCUGAAAGUUUUCAUUUAGGCACUAUUAAGAUUUAAUGGGAAGUUCCCAGAAGCUGAGCCAGCUUUGCUUUGGACUUCCUUCUUAAUAUUACCUAUAACGCUGUAAUCAACCAAAGAAAUUCAACUGAAACCCUGAAAUUACGGCUAAAAAUCAAAUAAUAUGGCCGAGGAGGGGGGGUGUGACUGGCAAGACGGCAAUUCUACCCAGCAGCCCGUUGUCAGCUAUACAAUCUUUGAUUUUACUGGGAUUUUUUCACCAUUUCCUCAAACCACUAGUGGGAAACUGCCGUGAGCCUCACAGAGGAUGUGCUUCUUGUGUUAACUGAGCAUGCAGGUCCACCACAGGAGCUGCUAACGGCCUUCAUCAGAGCAGGACAGGGCCAGAUUGCAGUGUUUAUACUAGGACUGGACAGUUGUUAUAAACUGGUCAACUCAUUGGUCGUUACGUUCUGGGUCAACCAACAUUCCGAUUCCGAGCACUUUGCUUGUUAGUUUCAUCCAGUCUCUAGGUAAUUUCAUCAGGAGGAAUGUACAAAUUGCUCAUUGGGUCGUCAGAACAGGUAACGGCCUGUCUUCAGGGAACCCUUGUUUUCACUUUUUAGGAUAAGGUCAACACACUAAAGACAAGUAGAUCGAAGAACAUUCAUGUAAAUGUCCAAAGGUUUGCUGAAUAUUUAUUUUCUAUUUUAAAUUUAAAUUUAAAAUUAUUGUGAGUCUUCCUUUACCUCCAUGUCAAACAUAUCGGCCGUAUGGCAGAAGUGUACAAAAAUAGUUGGUGGGAAAAAAGUUGACGGCAGAACUUGCAAACAACCAUUUGAAUAUAACAGCUCAACUACAAAUCUAAAAACGUUAAUUUUGCGUAAAGGGUUUGUGCCCACUGUUUUUAGGUCAUUGUUUUGAGCCAAGGCUUUAUUUUUCAGGAAUGCACAUUUUUUAUUCGUUUGCACUUUGAUAAUCCAAUUAGUCGAUUUUUAGUCGAAAUGUAAGGGUUUCAGUCAACAAAAAUUUUUUGGGGUUGAUUACAGCCCUAGUGCAAGCCCCCCAGAGCAGGUUUUCUUCACUACAGUGAGACAGGAGGUUUCAUCCUUUAGAUAGGUAAACUAAGUAUCAUCAGCAUAACAAUGGAAAUGCAUGCCUCACAAUUUAAUCAUGUGAUGCACUGGCAAUCUGUGGUGGGAGGUAAAGUAUGCAGGUGUUCAAAACCUUCACUAAUAUGAAGCUUUUGCUCCUUUCUCUGACAGUAGCCUGGGCACCUUCUUCAUCUUUGUAGAGGGAUGUCAGUUUUUAUCCCAAAAGCAGCUGAAACUUGGAUUCACCUGGCUCCCAAAGAACCUCUUGAGCCCACAAGGUUGUAUGUCUCCAUUCAUCCAUUUUUUAUACUGCUAUACUAUUUGGGUUGGGUGGUAUCCAAAUCCUGAUACCUACAUACCUUCUCCACAUUUUACCAUGGUAUACGGUAUUAUCGCGACUAAUCAAAAAUGAUAACUUAUAGGGUCAGACAGCGUCACCAAACUGUUAUCUUGUGUCUACACCGUUCAGAAACUGAAUACCAAACACUAAUAAAGAAACAAAAUAUUGCCAGACUGCAGAAGUCGUGUUCUUCUUCGCAACAAUGUCAUCUCUCGCUCUUUCCUCCACGCUGUCGCGUGAUGACAUCAUGGACAUAAACUUCAACCACAUUUAAGUGCUGCCGGACAUAGAAUCCUUUUUUGGCAUUGAUUUAAUUAUAUCUUAUAUUAAAUCCCUACCAUCUAUAUAAGCAAAUUGCAUUUUCUUUAAUGACGUUAUUGAAACUGAUACAAUGUUGCAAGACCUCUGAAAUGAGAGCAGAGGUCUGUUGGACGUGUAUCUGUAGCAGGUUUGCAUACUUUUUGUCUUUGCAUAUUACUGAGCAGAGACGCCAAGCGG